UGCCAACUCGAACAGCGAUCGCAGGUACUGAAUGAGACCACAAGAAGUGUGACUAUCGAUGAGAGGAAGAAAACGGCCAGAAAACGAUGGCAAAUGCUUGCUCAGGUGCUGAAAGGCAGCAGCACAACAGAGCUUGCUGACAGUGCAGUUUCUGUGCGAAGAUUCCAGUCGUACGGAUUGCUAUCUACAGAACAGAAUGUGGAGGAAAACUCCAAAGAGGACAGUGAUGGAUCCAGCUGGUUUUCGUACUCCUGUAAAGACCUGCCAGGAUUUUCUAUGAAGAUCAGACACCUGGGUGGAGCAGUGUCAGCAGAGAGACUCAAUGGCUUUAACAACACAGGGAAUGUUUGUGUAUGGCCAUCUGAAGAGGUCAUGACCUUUUAUUGCAUGCAGCAUGUUGGAGAUUUCAAAAGUCAACAAAUCUGUGAACUUGGCGGAGGCAUGACUUGUCUAGCUGGUAUUGCUUUGGGGAUUUCCUCAGAGGCCCAGCACAUUGUGGUAUCUGAUGGCAACGAGGAGUCAGUGGACAAUCUGGAGCAGAUUAUUGAGAGGAAUGAUUUUGGAGUUACGUCAGUUUCUGCAAGACUUCUUCGAUGGGGAGCUACGAAGAUGGAUGAGAGUUUAAGGUCACGGUUUGACACAGUGAUUUGUGCUGAUUGCUUGUUCUUUGAUGAUGGCCGGGAGGAUCUGGCCCUGAUGAUAUUUGACUUGCUCAAACCUGGGGGCCAGGCUCUGAUCUUUGCCCCAUCAAGAAACAAAACAUUCCACAAGUUUGCCGAGCUAGCGGAGAAAACAUUCCAGGUGACGACAGAGUCUGAGUACAACGCUGUUGUUUGGAACAUGCAUUGCAAGAUGCUGUCAGAGGACAGCGAUAUCUACGACGAAUCUCUACACUUUCCCAUCAUGAUGAAGUUGAGAAAACCGACAGAGCCCACAGAGUCGAGAGACACCACGCCCGAGUCGAGAUAACACUUUAAUUGUGUUGUGAUGAAGUUUUGCAUUCCUCCUAGUUGAAGAGUGGAAGCAUAAUGUCCUCAAGAAAUGGUCAUAAUGGUGUUGAACUUGAACAGCUCAUUUGUACCUCUUUACUUUUCACCGUUCUGCUCAAUAUUUCCUAGUAAUGAUAAACCAAUACUCACUGUGUCCAUGCAUUUAUUUUUACGUGCAUUGUAUUAGUUUUAUGGACAAAAUCAUAAUGGUAACAACGGACCUUUUUAUAUUACAUACGUCUAUGAAAAUCGGCUAAUUUUCCUAUAUUUUAUGUGCUGUGCUGUGGUUGGACAAAGCAUGAUAGUAAACAACACCUGUAACUUGUAUGGGGCAAGUAUGUUGUGCCUUAGUAGAGAAUGAGGAAUGCACAAAAAAAUUUCUCCUCAAUCUGAAUAUCUUGGGACUUUUGCAAUUCUUAAUACUAAGUAAGACCCUGGAAAUGUGUUGGAGAAAGCGGUCAUAAAUUGCAACCUUUUUGUUUUCAAGUAUUCCAUGUUCCUCUGUACAUUUUGUAUUGUUUUGAGAAAGCCGAGCUUAGAUCACCAGAUCAGUAUAUUUUCUCCCCAAUGUACCACAAAGUUGAAGAACUCGACCAAAUACCUUAUUGUUUGUCAAUCCCUUAAUAGUUCAAAUAUUAUAUUGUGUUGUUGUCUGUGCAUGCUGUUAUCAUCGACAUCUUAUUCCUUCUAGUUUUCCAUUUUUCAAUCAUUCCAUUUACUUAAGCAUGCAUUAUUUAUAGUACUUAUACAAGUUAUGUAUGAAGAUACCAUAAGAAUCUCUACUGGUGACUUUACAGCCAGAUCCAGAGAUCGCACAAGUAUUUUUAAGGCUGGUCAGACAUAUGACAAGUAUGAUUGAGGCUGGUCUGAGAUAGCCUGUAUGAUUGAGGCUGAUCCAUGUAUUUGCUCAAUGCUUCAUCUUGACAUAUAUAAAGAAAUUUCCACUUUGGAGGAAGGAGGCACUGUGGAGUCCGCUGAAACUGGAACACCAAACAUGGCUAAUUUGAAAACAGCUGUAAACCAAAAGAAAAUAAAAUCAGCAAUUUUUUAAACGUCUGUUUGAGCAACCUGUUAAAACCGAAAAACCCGCAUAACUGAAGAAAAUCCUGCAGUCCCAGGAUCCUGUAGAUUUUGGUUUUGAAGCGGACACCACUGUAAGUUGUACAGAAGGCACUAUGUAAGAUUAGGUGCAUUACUCAGUGUGCUUCAGUUGCAUUACUCAGUAUGCUUCAGUAUACUUAUUCCAGAUGUAGGUGUAUGCUGUGAAUCCCUUUUUUAGGUAGACAUUCCACUUUUCAUUAUUGUUCAGUAUUUAUUUAAUUCAUGUCGUAUUAUUUUUGGUCAAAUGAAAAUCGUCUUUAGCUAAAUAUGUCUCAAAUGGCCCAGGGCCCUUUUACAAACAUAUUGGCCUGUAACUCUAGUAGGAGUAAUGUCUGCUCAAUUGUCAAUGCUUGUCCCUGGUAAAUUGAAAAGAUUAUGUUUGAUUAAAUAAAACAAUGAAACUUUGAAGAUGAAAACCCAUUACUUUCGGGAAAUAAUUGUUAGGCUUAAAAGAAUUUGUAUGACCAUUUCACUUAUUUCAACUUGAGCAAUGUCUUUGAGAUGGAAGCACAUAUAUAUAUAAACUGAAUGUCUUAAAAGUAAUUGUUUUAAGUUUUUUACUCUCUCUGCCUGAAAAUAGUUUUCCCUUUCACUGAAAAAUUGUAGCAGUUAGCUGAUAUGGACCGCUGGUCUUUCUCCACACAAAAGGCAUGAGUUUGAACCUGUACCUAGGCAUUCCAUGUACGGUAUCCCAAGAUAAAGUGCAAUGUUUCCUCAGCCAAGUUUUUGUUGUUCUCUCCAGUUUGAGGCUUUUUUUUUCAAUCCUUUUUUGUUUUGUUUUUCACCCUGCAUGUUUACAGACAUUCAGUUUGAUUUCCCUGUGUCAGUACUGGGAACUACUUUACUGACUAAUGGAUUUAUCCAUUUGUCAAGAAUAACCCAAUAGUUAUCUACAGGUCGCAUAUUAAUUGAAAUCAAAAUCAUUGACUUUUUUAAUGUUGUGAGCACAAUUUUAGAUGUUUGUAUUAAGUUUUUAGUCUUGUUAAGUUUGAAAUUACCUCUUGUAGCCUAUGUUUAUCUUGUCAACUUUUACUUUGAAAUAAAAUUCUUAAAAUAACA